AUGACCGCUCUUUUCAACUUUCAGUCGCUCCUCCUCGUCAUCCUCCUCCUCGUUUGCACGUGUGCAUACGUCCACCAGCUCAUACCCGCCAUCAUGGACCGGAACAAGGACGGACACCUGUUCCUAGCGUACCGGAAUGAAGGCACACGAUCGCUAACUGUGCGACAGCUUCAUUGGCAUCUUCUGGAAAUUUGCAAGGGUGGGCGAGCGGUUAAGUCCGUACAUCAGCUUAUGCUGCGUCGUUAUGGCGGCAAGUCUUCCCCCGUCUGUCCUCACGGACGCACCGCUAACAGAGCACUACAGGCUUCCAUGCUCGUCAACUGA